CUGACAACAAGCAAGUCCAUGGCUUUUUGUUAUUGUUUUACCGACCGCUCACGAGCACGCACUGUGCCGCAUCUCCUCCAGUUCGCGGUCUGCUUGAAUUCUCGUCGCGAGUGCCAGUGCCGGUGUGUGAUAGAGCCCCCCUUUUAUCCGCUCGGAAUAGCCGUGUUGCACUUUGAUUGGAGCCCAGCUCAAAAUGCCCACUGAGAAACGGUGAACAGGUGAAAUAAUGCCGGCAAGCAGCAACAAGGCGGCGUCCUAGUGUGCGUGAGGUGUUUCAGUUUGCCGAAAUAUUUUCUUUUUGCGGCAAAAAGAACAAACAAGAGCCCAGCCAUAAAUCAACGGCCGGCAGAAUAUAAUCAUCAGUUCGCCCUCUCCGGUAUAGAGAGUCUCUCGGUUAUCAGCUUUGUGUUUUUAAGUGAAAAUAAAAUUAAAAAUAAAAGAAAGAACCCGACAGAGCAACAUGUCGCAUCCAAAACAUCAACAACCUCUGCCCUGCAGAAGAAAAGCCACCGCCUGCCUUGUGAUAUUCAGCUUCCUGCUCCUGCUAACACAUCCUGUGGCGGCCCAGGACGGCCCUGCUCCCCCCCAGGUGGCCGCCCUUGCCGCCCCCAGUCCCGCGGGCGGUGGUCCUGGAGUCUCCUCCUCGAUCCUCGAUCAGUUCAGUCCCAAUUGCAGUGCUGUAACUCACAUAUUCCAGUCGCGGGGCAUCGAUGUCAGUCAGAUUCCCCAAAAACCAAGUAAUGAACAAAGCCUGCGCUACUGCGAGUCCCCAUCGGUGGGUACCUGCUGCACCUACAACAUGGAGACCCGAAUGGCGAUACAGUCCCGAACGCAACUGGAGAGCCACACCAAGGAGCAGAUCUCCCGGAUGUCGGGCAUCCUCGGCAGCAAGGCGACCAAGUUCAACGACAUCUUCCUGGCCCUGCUGAAAGAGUCCCGGACGCAGUUCAACAGCAUGUUCAUCCGAACCUAUGGCAUCAUCUACGAACGAAAUUCGUACGUCUUCUCCGAUCUGUUCAAGGAACUGGAGAACUACUUUGCCCGCGGAAGAGUGGACUUGCUGGAGGUCAUGGAUAAGUUCUUCAACACACUCUACCAGAAGAUGUUCACCGUCCUGAAUACCCAGUAUACCUUUGAUGAAAACUACAUGCGAUGCGUCAGCGAGCACAUGAAGGAGCUGAAGCCCUUCGGAGAUGUGCCGGACAAGCUCUCCGUGCAGAUAAAGAGAUCCUUUGUGGCCACACGCACCUACGGCCAGGCUCUGGCCACGGCCGCCGAGGUGGCCAAGAAGGUCUUGAAUGUCCGCCUUAAUGCCGACUGUACUGGAGCCCUGACAAAGAUGCAACAUUGUGGCGCCUGCAAAGGAUACACGGAGAAGCCCUGCACCAACUACUGCGUAAAUGUGAUCAAGGGAUGCCUCCACUACCAGCACGAGUUCGACGCCGAGUGGGAGAACUUCGCCCUGGCCAUGGACAAGGUGGCCGAGAGACUGCUGGGCUCCUUCAACAUUGUGAUGGUGGUGGAGCCGCUCAACAUCAAGAUCUCCGAGGCCAUCAUGAACUUCCAGGACUCUGGCCAGGAUAUCACCAGUCGCGUGUUCCAGGGCUGCGGCAGACCCAAACUGAAGAAGAUGAAGCGUUCCAUCAGCCCCAAACUGCAAGGAGUCCAAGUGUUGAACGCCCAGAGUCCUGUCGAGGCGGACACCCUGGACAUCGAUGCCACUCUUGACGAGGCGAUUGUCCUGCGAGAGCGUCGAGCAGCUGAGCCAGGAUCCCAGGACGCCUCCGGGCAGCAAUCCCAGGAGCAGGGUGUGGGCAAAGGCGGCAAUGGAGGUGGGGGCAACGGAGGCGGCGGCGGUGGCAACAGCCGGCGGCAGCAACAACGACGCAAGCAGCAGCAGCAGAGACGCAAGCAGCAGAGUAAUCGAAACGACAACGACGACGACGAGAACGAGAGUGGCGGCGGAGGACGUGAACCGAUUCUGGACAGGAUUGUGCGGGACAUACGCCAGCGGGUGAAGGACUACAAGAAGUUCUGGUCGAACCUACCGCACAGCGUUUGCAGCAACGAGGACAUAGCCUCCAGCUCCGAUGUGGACGGCAUGUGCUGGAAUGGCCACACCAUCGACAGGUACAUGCACGCCAUUACUACUGAACACGGCUCCAAUCCGGAGUUCAAUGGCAAUCCUGCCAGCACCAAGCAAACCGCCCAAAUGUCCUCGCAACUGUUCCACCUGAAGAACGCCAUCAAUCACCUGCGCAACGCCUACAAUGGCCAGGAUGUGGAGUGGAGUGAGCAGGAAGAACCAUAUAUGGGCAGUGGAGCUGGCUCUGGAUCCGGGUCAGAAGAUGACGAGGACGACGACGAGGGCUCCGGCCUGGGACCCUUCGAGCCAAGCCGCAAACCGGAUGUAGACCGCCCGUCGGUGAACGGAAACAACAACAACGAUGACGACGAGGACGAUGACGAUGAGGACGGUGCCCGACGAGGUCAGGUGCCCACAUACACAUCACGUCCGGCCAUCGGCGGAACGGACGACAAGGAUCCGCUGAUUCAUACCACGCACUUCGACCAGGAUCACAACAGGGUCGAAGAGGACCAUCGCCAGGGCGGCGGCGGCGACGAGGAUUCGGAUGGCGGCCAUGGCGAUUCGCAGGAGAACGGCGACGACGACGAUGGCAAUCGGUCAUCCAAUGCUCCGGAGAAGAUGACGCUGCGUCGCGCUCUGGUUGUCUAUCUACUGCCGCUGUAUAUGGCGUGGUUCGGCGGCGCCUGCGCCGAUUUGCUGUGAUUACUCAAUGUGCGAAAUGCAGUCAGCCCAUCUGCAUCCCCUACACCUCUCAGUCAUUCAUCCGUGAAGCAAAAUGUUAUUAGCAGAACUAAACGUACACACAACACACACAACCUUUAUAUACGAAAUGCGAGUCCAAAAUUUUAUAAAAACUUUUGAUGAAAGCAAUCAAAACGCAAUCAAGUAUGUAAUCGGCAAUUGGCCUACUCUAGAUGCCUAAAGAAUCAAGAUGUAUUUAUUCAAAUUGGUAUUAGACACAUCUAGCAAAAAGUGAUUACCAACCAAUGUUUAAAUCACAAUCUUGAGUGUUCUAAGGGAUCUGAAGGAAGGACAUUGCCUGAUUAUGGUAGAAGAAGAAUUUAGAGGAGAGAGAAUACGUAACGAGCCCAUUUUAGUUUAGUAAGACCCCGCGACGAACCCUGUACCCCUCGAACUCUAAGUCUAAGUGAGAAAUUGUAACUUCUAAGCGAAAUGAGGAGCGUGUGAAUGAAUGAUCGAAUGAAUGAAUGCGAUUGAGUGCCAGUGAGAGUGAGUGUUUGAGCGAGUGUGAGUGUGAGUGUGUGCGGAGUGCCUGUUCAAUGUGAUCGUUUAGCAAAAAUUAAAUGUAAACACUUUAGCCCCUAGAGACCUAAGCGAAAAACACACGACCUACACAUAUACAUAUUUAAUUUGUAUUAUAUACUUAUAUUUAUGCCAUCGAGCAUACGUAACAAAAAAAAGCGAAAUCAAUUAGACCGAACAAGAGCAGCAAUAACUAAUUUCUAACUUUAGUCUAACUGAUAAAUCUGAUUAAAAUGUAACGCUGAACUCUAAUUUACGUUAACAAGGCCAUAGAAAAGCGUC